AUGUGUACGAGGCGCUACACGAUUUCAAGGAUGGGGCGGCAAGGUCCGCGAGCCCAAGGUGCAUCCGGACCUGCUCACGUUCCCGUCGGUCACGCUCCUGCCUCACAUCGGCACCGCCACGAUCGAAGCCCGAUCCGACAUGUUUUUGCUGCAGCUCGAGAACGUCACGGCGGUGCUCGAAGGCAGGAGGCCGCCGUCGGCUGUCAACGAGGUCAGCACCCAAUAAAAUAA